CCCCCACCUCCCCCCUCACCCCCCGGGUGAUGCUUCUCGUCCUGUCGCCGUCCUCCCGUCACCUCUGCGCCGCCUCCGGGGCCGCCGCCGCCUCCGGGGCCUCCGGUAUGAAUCUGAUCAACGACACUUACGUGUUCGUGAAAGACAUUAAGCCCGGAAUGAAAAACCUAAAUGUCGUCUUUAUUGUGCUGGAAAUCGGUCGAGUUACCAAAACUAAAGAUGGGCAUGAAGUGAGGUCGUGCAAAGUGGCCGAUAAGACCGGCAGCAUCACAAUUUCAGUGUGGGAUGAGGUUGGAGCUCUGGUACAACCUGGGGAUAUCAUUCGCUUGACCAGAGGUUAUGCUUCUAUAUGGAAAAGUUGCCUGACGUUGUACACAGGAAGAGGGGGAGAUCUUCAUAAAAUCGGAGAGUUUUGUAUGGUAUAUUCAGAAGUGCCCAACUUUAGUGAACCAAAUCCAGAAUACCUCAAUCAGAACAACCAAACGAACAAAGUUGCACAGAAUGAUCAUAGAAGCAAUUCUCCUAAUCAACUGGCUACAAAUGGACAGAUACAAACGGGAAAUGGCUCGCAAAGCGUGUUUCUGCCAGGGGGCACUCCCCCCUCAAGCAAUAACCAGCAGAACCCUAACUUUGUAGGUGGAAGGAGUAAUGGACGUGGACCAAUAACUUCACCACAGAUGACUACUGUAACCCAAGGAUCUGGAGUUGCACCUAUAAGUAAUGGAAGAGAUCCCCGGAGGGCAGUCAAACGAUGACCAGUAAUACAUGUGCAUACAACCUUAUACAUCUCUACAUCCUACUUGAACCCACUCAAUGCACUUUUACUUUUUUAUAUAACUGUGACUUUUUAUUAUAUUUUGCUUUGUUUUAUCCACCUCAGACUAUUAAGGCAAGAGUUUGAACUGCUGAGUGUGUUGCAUACUUAAUAGUUUGAGGUGUUCGCAGUGUUUCGGCUGCGAAUGACGUGUAACUUUAUAGUCUGAAGACUACAAGUUGUUAAAGUGGCGGCGAUGGUCUGUGUUGAGAGCAGUAGGGUUAAAUGAAUACAGAUCGUUUUAAAAUGUCAAUAAAAUCACCAAUUCAAUUACAAGAAGUGCGAAACAAAAGGCAAUGUGCUCCCAUUGUUGGCCAGAUGAAGCUCACUUAGGCAACACCUUUCAGGCAAACUAUGCAAAAUGUUUUUUAUUUUUAAAACAUCAUCUUUUCAGGUCAUUUGUACAUUUCAGUACACCUUAUGCAUUGCUGAGUUUUGGCAUUGGGUGUUGAAUGUACUGUUCCAAUUGGGCUCAACUAUGUAAUGACCAACCAACCUUUAUCUUCUAGAAUCCAAUGUCCCAUUAGAAAGAUUACUUUGACUGUUUUUGCUAGUGGGCAUAUAAGACUGUAAGACUGUUACAUUGAAUGGGAUAAAUAAUGAUAUUGGAAAGAGUAUCAUAGACCUGAGUUCAAGAUCUUGCAUCAACAUUUCCAUAGAAGCUUCAGUCCCUGCCUGAUGUAAAUUGUGUGACUAUGCACCAUAUGGAUUAAAACAUUGAUUGAUAUGCAAAAGGUACAUUUUCAUACGAUGCAAAUGUUUAUGAACUUUGUAUGUAAAGUAAGGUUGCUGGAGUCUCAGCUAGUCUUGUGAUUUGACUUUCCUUUUCCUCUAAGUUAAAGUUGCUUUUUCUGUAAUUUGUUGCUUGCUAUUUACCUUGUAUAAUAGAGCGAUGUUAAGAUGAGUUGUAUAUGUCUGGUUGUAAAAGAAAUGGGGCUGAAGCACAAAUACCCUGUGAGCAAGGUAGCAAAGCUUCGUUGCUCAUUCUGUUGCUAUCUGGUAUCAAGAAACUGGACUUUCUAAGAUGGCUUCCCUCGGCUCCCUCUCAAAGCAUCUUUUUUGUUUUAACUUUAUAAAUGUUGAACCUUCAAGUACCGAAACUAAAUAUACAGCACAAGUAAAGGAACGUUUGAAAUUGGUUCAGAAAAUUUUAAAAUAGAAUUGCUCCUAUUGAAUUUUUCCUCUCUGCGCAAUCCCUCCUUGAUAUGCACACACAUGCACAAGCUUUAGUCUUGCACCUUGCUUUUAGUGUGGCUCAAAAUUUCCAUUCCAAAAUGACCAAUUCCACCAAAUUUGCAAUUAACCAAGUUGGCAUUUGAUUUAUUAUGCUGCCACAAAGUCUACUACAACUAGCCUAGGUAAGGAUUUGUUAUACUUGCUGAUACUCGCCAGUUUGGUACCACUCUACAUUUCAUGGAUUCUCUAGUUCCUGUUCUCUUGGCAUUCUGUGAACCACACAGAGCUGAAUAAUGUAGGUUUAAUCUUAGUCUUUUGAAAUGGCAAGGGAAAAUGAUCUUGUCACUUUGGAUUUUCACCUUUUGGCAUUUUUGGGAGAAUGCUAUUGUGUUUGGAGAAGCAGUGUAGGUGGGUCUAAUUGCUGCUUAUUCUGUGUUCAUACUGUUGAAGUGAAACAAAGUUUUUUUAGGAAGGCAAGGAAUGUUAUAAGAAUCCCAUCUGAAAGCACUGGCUUUCACGAACAAGUACAUAAAUCCUUAUGUGCUGUGUAUUUAUAAUUGUGUAUAGGAUUAUAAAUGGUGUACAUGGGGCCAGAAGGUAGUAAUUCAACUAAGCUAUUCUGAUAAAAAACAUGUAAGAGCAAACCAUAAUGUUUUUUGUACAGCAGAACAGCAGUUAUUAUUGCUUUAAACAAGCUUCUAAUCUAGAUUUUGGCAGCAGAGGGGAAAUAUACUUGGGUGGUGACCUUGGCUUGGGUGGUUAUCACAUUGAUGCAGUGGAAGAGCCAUGACCUUGCUGAAAGUCAUUAAAAAAUUUCAAUUUUGUAGGAA